UUAUUUAUUAGACUUCAACAAUGGAGAGAGUUACAAUUUUGUUAGUCUUACUUGUGGGUUUAUUGUGUGAUUGUGACAAUUUUCAAAAUGAAAGAAAUAAACCCAAUGCAUAUACUUAUGAUCUACCGAAAACACGUGCAAGAAACGAAAUAAUUAAAACCAACAACAUUCAAAGUGAAGAGACACAAAAUUUUACAAUGAGCGAUGAACUAUUAUUAGAUCAAUGUCCUUCUAAGAUACCGUCUUUAAUGGAUCCUUCAAUGUCCAUUGGAUUUUUACAACCACAAGAAGUUAGCCUCGCAGAUCAAUGUUUUCCUAGGCCACAUUGUGAUUUUUUUAAUCCAUUUAGGACCAUGGAUGGGAGUUGUAAUAAUUUACAAUACCCAACUUGGGGACAAGCUAACACAGCAAGCACAAGAAUUAUUCAAGCUAAUUAUUCUGAUGGUUACGCCCAACCAAGAAAAUCAAUAUCGGGUCGCGAAUUGCCAAAUGCCCGAAAAAUACGUAAAUCUAUAUUAGAAGACAUUGACAAAACCUCAUCGAAAAAUAAUUUAUUUGUCAUGCAAUAUGCUCAAAUUGUUACGCAUGAUAUAGAAUUCACCUUACUCAAAGAGUCAGGAUCUAAUGGCCCGCUAAAGUGUUGCAAUGAGGAUGGUUCUACACCGGAAAUUCUACCAAAAGAAUGCCUACAGAUUAAAAUCGACGAUAAUGAACCACAUUCAAAACACCGGUGCAUAUCCGUUCCUAGAGCGCUUGACACAUCAGAUCGGGGUUGUAAUAUUAAACCAGUCAGACAAAUGAUUGGGGUGUCCAGUUUUAUUGACGCAUCGAUAUUAUAUGGAUCUGACCUUGAAACAUCGCGUUCUAUAAGAACAUUUAAAAAUGGUAAGCUCAAACGGCAGUUGGGACCUAAUGGGAAAUCUUAUCUGCCCAAUGUAAAAAAAGCGACAGAACAUUGCAACGUCACUUUUGAUAGCACAGUAUGUUAUGUUACAGGUGACCAAAGAGUUAACGUACAACCAGAUAUGGCAGUUGUUACAAUUUUAUUUAUGAGACUACAUAACUAUUUAUGUGAUGAGCUUAAAAGCUUAAAUCCCAAGUGGGAUGAUGAGCGAAUAUACCAAGAAGCCAGGAGAUUACUCAUUGCAAUGCAUCAGCAUGUUACAUAUAAUGAACUUGUUCCAGUAAUUUUAGGAAGAGAUUUUUCUAGAGAAAACUAUUUACUACCGUUGACUAAAGGAUUUGACGAUAGCUACGAUCAAUAUUUAAAUCCUACUACAAUAACUAGUUUUACAGCAGCUGCGUUCAGAUCACUGCAUAGCUCUAUACGAGGAUUUAUUGAAUUAGUGAGUGAAGCCCGAAAAAUAACUUCAAAAAUACGAUUGAGCGAUUAUUUUUUUAAACCCGACAUAGUACAAAAACAAGAUAAUUAUGAUAGCUUCACUAGAGGAUUACUAACGCAAAAAGCACAAGAAGUAGAUCAAUAUUUCACGGAAGAGGUUAGUGAACUUGCUGUCAGAAUACCUGACAGACAUCAACAUAUAGACUUGGCCAGCGUAGACUUGGAACGCGGUAGAGAUUACGGAGAGCCAUCCUACAAUAAAUUUAGACAACUCUGUGGAUUGAGUGAGGCCAAAACAUUUGAUUAUUUGGUCGACCAAAUGGAUAAAAAAAGCGUUGAUGCGUUAUCAAAGAUCUAUGAACACGUGGACGAUGUUGACUAUUACGUGGGUGGUCUCUUGGAAAAAUCAAAGCCGGGAUCUAUGUUAGGCCAUACGUUCCAAUGUGUUGUUGGAGAAAUGUUUUUCAGAUUAAAGUAUGGUGAUCGAUUUUAUUAUGAAUUUGGCAAUCAGAUCGGUUCUUUUAAAUUAGAUCAACUCGAUGAAAUAAGAAAAACGUCAUUAGGACUCAUCGUGUGUAUAACAUCAGACAUUUAUUCUGUACAAAAAAAUAUGUUUGAAGUACUCAGCAGUCGUAAUCCAUUGGUAUCUUGCAAUUCCAUACCAAAACUCAAUUUGUCUGCUUGGAAAGAAGAGUAAAAUAAGAAUUAAAUUGUUGGAUUACUUGCAUAUAUUCGUAUACUUUUUAAAUAGUGUACACCUUUCGAAUAAAAACGUCAAUUUUGUAACUUUUUUUAAAAUAUGUAUGAUUUAUUUAUCUUUUUAUUCAAAUAAUAAAUUAUAGAAAAAUUACUUUUGAUUUUCAUA